UUUCGAGAUGGCUUAGUCAGUUACAGUCGCCUUAUCGAUAAGCGGACCCAUGCAUCUGGACAGCAACAGCAUUCAAAGAGCACUCUACGACAGUAGCAUUAUCUCGUACUCUCACUCCCUCACCAUCCGAUUGCUGGAGUUUUCUUUCUUGUUUUUGUGAAUCCUUGUAACCGUGCAGCUUUUGCGCAACAAGCCGCCACGAUGCGCUACCUCAUCGCCCUCCUCUCCCUCCUCGCCGUCGCCAACGCCCAGUUCGGCGGCUUCUUUGACCAGAUGUUUGGCCAGCAGGGCGGCGGCCACGAGCACCAGCAGCAGCAGCACCAAGGGCAGCAGAACAACCCCAGCGACGCAUCCCACUACAUCCACUACUACGAGCACUCUUCUUGCGACAAGUACCUCUGCCCCGAUACCCUCGCCUGCGUCAGCUUCCCGCACCACUGCCCCUGCGCCUGGGACGCGCACCAGGAAAAGUUCGAGCUGGCCGAGGGUCAGCGCGUCUGCGUCUCCCGCGGCGGGUUCCGUGAAGGUGAGGCGGCGCGCAAGAUCGAGCUCGCCAGGAAGGGCCUCCUGUAAUGACGGGAGCCGGAGGUGUUGUUCGUGACAAAGACGUUAGAACUUGCAAUGGCAGGAGUUAAAGAGUUGGAGAAAUUACGAUAUGAAUGACGGCGGAGUAUUGGGAUGCGGCAAAGUUGAAUGAUGCACACUUGUGUAGUUGGCCGUCUGAUGCAAGUCGUGAUACGCGAGAAAAAGUAUGGAUAUGAAUAUAAAUUCUAAGCG